CGUGAGACACGACAAGUGAAAUAAGAAAAUCCUCCUGUUGCAGCCGUGGAUUAGGGAAACCGAACCACGUUAAAUUCUUGUGUGUCGUCCGUGUUCCGUUUCUCUCGUUUCUCGCAGAUUAUUUGUGUGUGUUGUGUGUUUAUUUCCCAACAAGUGUAUCAAUUUAUGCAUGAUCUGUAUCAUAUUGUAUUUUUAAAAUUUCAAAACAAUGACAUUGCUUGGUGGGUCAAUCGCAGGAGUCGAGGAGGGAUGCUAUGCAGACUGGAGUCAUGACCUUCUUGUUGCAAGGAAGAUUUUGGCCAUUGAAAGGCUCCCUAGGUUCCCUCAUACUAUGGUUCUUGAAGGUGGAAGCAUUCACGUAGAUGGAGAAGGUACGUGCAUCACUACAGCAGAAUGUCUCUUGAAUAAAAACAGGAAUCCUGAUAUGUCGAAAGAAGACAUUGAAUGUGAACUUCAACAAUAUCUCGGGGUCAACAAGGUCAUCUGGUUACCGCGUGGAUUAUUCGGUGAUGAUGACACGAAUGGGCAUAUAGAUAACAUGUGCUGUUUUGUGAAACCCGGAGUCGUUUUGUUGUCUUGGACUGAUGACAAGGCUGACUCUCAGUAUGAAAGAUCUUUGGAAGCUCUUACUGUACUCGAAAAUUCCACAGAUGCAAAGGGCAGAAAGUUUCAAGUGAUAAAACUUCAUGUGCCUGGUCCUCUCUAUAUGACUGAAGAUGAGGCAAAUGGAUUAUACGAGGACGGCGAUGCUAAACCAAGAGCUCAAGGCACACGGCUUGCUGCGUCAUAUGUGAACUUCUACAUUGCAAAUGGUGCAAUCAUCACUCCACAAUUUGGAGACAAGAAAUGGGAUGAUGAAGCUGUUCGAGUUUUGUCACUCGCAUUUCCCGAUCACGAGGUAGUUAGAAUUGAAGGUGCAAGGGAGAUCGUCUUAGGAGGCGGGAAUAUACAUUGUAUCACUCAACAACAGCCGCUCUGCUCAUGAAGGCCGGCGAUUAUGAAGUUUGUAGUGGUUUUCCUACACACUUUUUAUAAACAAUAAAAGGUAGAACAGCUUCCUCCUAUGAUCUGCUGCAUUAUUAUUAUUUAAAUUGGCGCAUUUGAAGCUCCAUUAUUUAUGCUUUGGUAAAAGCCGCUGAUGGCUAUUGAUGCCUAUGUGCAAUCUUUUUUUUCCCAUUAUAAAGAUACAACUUUUGAACAAUUGAAUUGAACAAAUUCAGGCCAAGCUCACUGUGCAUUCGCCAUAGAUGUGCGUAGAUGAUUUCGAUUUUGACUCUUUAUAUGUGCUAGCUUAUUAGCUACUUUGCAAUUGAAUCAGAGAUAUGGACAAAGUGUGAGUUACUACUCAAAUAAAAAUGGAUGAUAGGU